AGUGACAUCGAUUGCAUCGGUGCUCGACUUCUCUCCACUGACCUCUUCAGUCGAUUGGUUUCGUCUUUCUCUUCCUCACAUGUUUCAUAUUUGAAGGGAAGAAACAUGGCUGCGACAACCAGUGAAGUCCAGAUUGUUCCUGCCAAAAAGCCCACAGUGCGAGGACCACGGCGGGUAGCCAAUCAAAUUCCAGAUGAGAUCCUGCAAGACCCCGAGUUACAGGAGGCGAUCAAAGCCCUGCCUGCAAAUUACAACUUUGAGAUCCACAAGACAAUUUGGCGACUGAGACAAGCAAACUCUACAAGAGUGGCUCUGCAGCUUCCAGAGGGCCUGCAGAUGUUUGCCUGUGUCAUCGCUGACAUCAUUGAGAGGUUCACGGAGGCAGACACCAUUGUGAUGGGGGACGUGACGUACGGGGCCUGCUGCGUGGACGACUUCACCGCCCGAGCCCUGGGAGCCGAUUUCAUGGUGCACUACGGCCACAGUUGUCUCAUCCCCAUAGACUCCACCUCAGGUAUUAAGAUGCUGUACGUGUUUGUGGACAUCCAGAUGGACAACGCACACUUCCUGGACACGGUCAAGUUCAACUUCCCUCCCGCGCAAUCUCUGGCACUCGUCAGCACUAUUCAGUUUGUGGCGGCGCUGCAGGCUGUGAGCACAGCCCUCAAGACAGAGUAUGACGUGCUGGUCCCACAGUGUCGACCUCUGUCACCUGGAGAGAUUCUGGGCUGUACCUCCCCUCACUUGGACCGCCACGUCAACGCCGUAAUAUAUCUGGGAGAUGGAAGAUUUCACCUGGAGUCAAUCAUGAUCGCAAACCCAGACAUCCCUGCUUACAGAUAUGACCCCUACAGUAAGAUCUUCUCCAGGGAGUACUAUGACCACGAAGCCAUGCGCGCCUUAAGGCUCGAGGCUAUCGACAAGGCUCGAUCGGCGAAGAGAUGGGGCCUGAUCAUGGGCACGCUGGGCCGGCAGGGGAGCCCCAAAGUCAUGGAGCACAUGGAGACAAGGCUCCAGUCUUUGGGCAAGUCCUUCACUCGAGUGCUCCUGUCUGAGAUUUUCCCAGGCAAGCUGGAUCUGAUGCAGGAUAUAGAUGCGUGGAUCCAGAUCGCUUGUCCUCGCCUUUCCAUCGAUUGGGGCACAGCCUUCACUAAGCCCCUGCUGUCUCCAUAUGAGGCUGCUGUGGCUCUGCAGGAGGUCAGCUGGAAGGAAGUCUACCCCAUGGACUUCUACUCCAAUCAGAGCCUGGGGCCAUGGGCACCCAACCACCCUGACCACCAACCGGUGCGGCCCACGCGCAGACAGACUCAGAAACAAGGCUCGGAGCCAGCCCUUCCUACCAAGCAGUGUGGGCAGAACCGGUGCUGUCAAGGGGAAUGAAGCGUCAUUUUCCAGCUGUCUUUCGACUCGUCUCGUGCCUGCCGACGCGUCUGCCUUCUGCUAACAGCUGGAGGGAGGUCGGAAACCGGAAGAGGAGAGCGUCCAGACAGUGUAUCAGUGAGCACAGCUAAAGCCAGAGGAGCCCUCCGCCGCUCCUCAAAACGGAUUACCAGCCAUAAAUAAUCCCUCAUUUUACAGCACGGCGGAUCAAACCAAAUGUCACUGCUCUUAUUCACGUUUUUCUGAGCUUCAAAAAAUACAAGCAGCUGCUUGUGUGUUUGAGGUCACGCAUGUUCACAUUCAUCCAUGAAGGAGCUGCUCUCUGCUGCUGCUGCUGUGCUGAGAAUGAAAUUCUUCCUGCACAGAGGGGGAAAUGCGUGGGCCUCUCUGUAAACGCACACGUCGCUUUUGUGACUGUUCCAGAGAGAGAGAACGCGCCGGAUGACCUUGAGUACGUUAUAUGGAAUUAAAGUGUUAAUGUGGGUGGAUUUAGUCAAUCCACUUGUCCUUGGACAAACCACAGUAUGUUUCCCUUCACGCUACUUUUCAAAGACAGUCACAGACAUAUUGUACCAAGCACUUUUAUUUGAUGUACACAGCGUUAUUUGAUGUAUACAAGAGUGUAAUGCGGAUGCUCAAAAUGUGAUGCACUAUGACAUAACCUCUCUGUCUUGCUUUCCUAGUCAAACAAUAAAUCAGAAGUGGAACCUUA